UUAAAUAUAUAGCCACCCUUUUUCCCCUAAUUUUCGUGUUCUACUUUACUUGUCUCGCCGUGUUCUGGAACCUUCCUUCAUUCAUUCAUUCUCUUCUGCUCUGUAUCACCCACAAUGGCGUCUUUCUCGGAGGCUCCCCCCGGCGACUCCAAGGCCGGCGAGAAGAUCUUCAAGACCAAGUGCGCUCAGUGCCACACCGUCGACAAAGGCGCCGGCCACAAACAAGGACCGAAUCUGAACGGUUUGUUUGGGAGGCAGUCUGGGACUACACCAGGGUACUCUUAUUCCGCCGCUAACAAAAACAUGGCUGUUAUUUGGGAGGAGAACACUCUCUAUGAUUACUUGCUUAACCCCAAGAAGUAUAUUCCUGGAACAAAGAUGGUCUUCCCUGGUCUUAAGAAGCCCAAGGAUCGUGCUGAUCUUAUCGCAUAUCUGAAAGAAUCCACUUCGCAAUGAUUAAGCUAUCAUAUACUCAGUUUUGCAAUGUGAUUUUGAAGUUUCGGACAUUUAAAUUCAGCGGUGCAGUAAGUACUGUAUCUGGCAAAUAAAGUAGACUUAAAUUUGUUUUCGCAAUGCUAUUUUAUUCGGAUUGCAUUGCUUCUCAAGAGGCUGCAAAUUAGCUAUUGAAAGUUGAAACAAUAUUAUUAAUAUGUUGUGGUAAUUGGUAAACUUGAAGAGCACAAUUCAUACUUUCUUCUUCAGUACGAGUGAAUUGAUUAUUCUUGUUA